AUGUUUAAAAAAGAUAUAACUGCGGGAGCACGGUCAAAAGUCAAGUCUUCAGUGCAAAGGUCUUUACGGGCGAAAUUCCUCGAGACUCAUCCAGGUUUCGAGCCAUAUAUCGAUGAAGUUCUACCAAAGAAGGCUUCUUUAGAAGCCAUGAAGCUACCGGACCGAGUAACCCUAUAUAUCGCAGACUCCAAACCCAUUUUCUUCCAGUCCAUGGACAGUCCUCUAAUUCCCCAUCUACGAGUUCUCCAUGCUUUCCCCAACGCCAUGCCUACGGUUGGAAUUGACAGAGGGGCAAUCAGAUUCGUCCUAUCAGGAGCUACAUUGAUGGCCCCUGGUCUCACAUCUGCCGGCGGUAGUCUGCCUGACGCGGAGCAUGCACUAGAAGCCGGCACAAUAGUAGCAAUCAGGGCGGAAGGAAAGGAAGAAAUAUGCAUGGUUGGUGAGCUGAAGGUGGGAACCGAGGAUAUUAAGAAGAAGGGGAAAGGCGUUGUCAUGGAUGAAGGUCAUUAUUUGGGCGACGGGCUUUGGAAGCUAAACUUUGAUUAA